AUGUCAGAAGUAUUAAUUGAACUGGAUAAAUUUUCUUCAGAUGAAAUUGAGAGCAGAGAGGAUUCCAAGUCAGACUUUAAGGAAGGCAAAUUGAGUGAUUUAUGUGCCGAUUAUCAUGGUUUUCAACUUCACUACUCGCGUUCUGCACCAGCUGGUAUGAAUACCAGCAAGAGUGAGACAGUGAAAGAACAUCCCUUACAACCCUCUAGAAGAUCGCUGCCAUGCUUAGCUCAGAGCCAAACUCAUCCUCAGAGUCUGAGCAAGCAUUCUUCAUUUCUGCAGCCAAAUCGUGUGCAGCCACAGCCUCGGCCUCAGCCCCUAAGUGCAGGGACAUCUACAGCUACAGUGGAUGUAGUGUCAGAGCGAGCUAAAGUGAUGGAGACUUUGGAAAACAACUUGAUCAAGCUGUCUAAUACAGAAUACAGUGAUCCAUUUUUAGAUGUAGGAAAAGACAAAGACACAUACACAGAUGAUUCAGAGCAUGGGAAUUAUGAUGUUCGUACAGAUCAGUCAUUGCUCAUUCAAAACAAGCUUGCCAGACAGAAAACAGAACCUCGGACUAAAUCAUCUUUAAAGACCGAUGCCAUGGCGUCGUCAGGUCUCUUCUUCAAAGAUGGAAAAAAGCGCAUUGAUUAUAUCUUGGUCUACAAAAAGUCAAGUCUGCAGGUAGAGAAAAGAAGCACGUUUGAGAAGAAUUUGAGAGCAGAAGGGCUGAUGUUAGAACGAGAGCCAGCUGUUACAAACAGUGAUAUCAUGUUUGUUAAAAUUCACUGUCCAUGGGAGACUUUGUGCAAAUAUGCAGAAAGAAUGAACAUCAGGAUGCCUUUCAGGAAAAAAUGUUAUUACACUGACUGGAGGAGCAAAACCAUGGGCAGUUUGCAGAGGAAUAUGAGAGAGCUGAAAAGCUGGCUGCCCAGAAAUCCAAUGAAGCUUGAUAAGGAGGCCCUGCCUGAUCUUGAAGAGACUGAUUGCUACACAGCACCCUUUAGCCGGGCACGCAUACACCAUUUUACAAUAAACAAUAAAGACAGCUUCUUCAGCAACUCCACGAGAAGUAGAAUCGUGCAUCACAUGCUACAGAGAACAAAGUAUGAAGAUGGAAAAUCCAAAAUGGGUAUUAAUAGAUUACUAAAUAAUGGAACUUAUGAAGCAGCAUUUCCACCACAUGAGGGAAGCCACAAAAGCAGACAUCCCAUCAAAACGCACGGAGCUCAGAAUCACAGACACCUUUUAUACGAGCGUUGGGCACGGUGGGGAAUGUGGUACAAAUACCAACCUCUUGAUUUAAUCAGGCGAUAUUUUGGUGAAAAAAUUGGACUGUAUUUUGCCUGGUUGGGAUGGUAUACUGGAAUGCUGAUUCCUGCUGCCCUGGUUGGGCUCUUUGUUUUCCUUUAUGGAUUAUUUACGAUGGAUUCCAGCCAAGUAAGCAAAGAGAUCUGCGAGGCAAAUGAAACCAUCAUGUGCCCUAUGUGUGAACGCAAUUGCACACUACAAAAACUCAAUGAAAGCUGCAUAUACGCCAAGGUUACACAUUUGUUUGAUAAUGGAGGGACUGUCUUCUUUGCUAUUUUCAUGGCAAUCUGGGCUACAGUCUUUCUAGAGUUCUGGAAAAGAAGGAGAGCUGUGUUAACCUAUGAUUGGGACCUCAUAGACUGGGAAGAUGAAGAGGAAGAACUGCGCCCCCAGUUUGAAGCUAAGUAUUCCCAAGUGGAAAGAGUAAAUCCAAUCACAGGAAAACCUGAACCUUUUCAGCCUUUCCCUGAUAAGCUCAGUCGACUGAUGGUUUCUGUCUCAGGAAUAUUUUUCAUGAUUUCACUGGUCCUUACUGCAGUGUUUGCAGUUGUUGUGUAUCGUCUGGUAGCCAUGGAACAAUUUGCUUCCUUCAAGUGGUAUUUCAUCAAGAAGUAUUGGCAGUUUGCAACAUCUGGCACUGGAGUCUGUAUCAAUUUUAUGAUCAUCAUGUCACUCAAUGUUGUGUACGAGAAGGUUGCCUAUCUUCUGACAGAUUUAGAGCACCCAAGAACAGAAUCCGAAUGGGAAAACAGCUUUGCCUUGAAAAUGUUCCUCUUCCAGUUUGUCAACUUGAACAGUUCUAUCUUUUACAUUGCCUUUUUUCUGGGCAGAUUUGCAGGCCGCCCAGGAAAGUACAACAAGCUUUUUAACAGAUGGAGACUGGAAGAGUGUCAUCCCAGUGGCUGCUUGAUAGAUCUGUGUCUGCAGAUGGGAGUUAUUAUGGUUUUAAAACAAAUGUGGAACAAUUUCAUGGAACUGGGCUAUCCUUUAUUACAGAAUUGGUGGUCACGACGUAAAAUGAAGAGAAGAGGACAAUCCAUGGAGCAUAAGAUUUCUCUACCUCAGUGGGAGAAAGAUUGGAAUCUGCAGCCUAUGAAUCUCCAUGGCUUGAUGGAUGAAUACUUGGAGAUGGUUUUACAGUUUGGCUUCACCACUAUUUUUGUUGCUGCCUUCCCACUGGCACCUCUCCUGGCAUUGCUGAACAAUAUCAUAGAAAUAAGGUUAGAUGCAUAUAAGUUUGUCACUCAGUGGAGAAGACCUAUGCCUGCAAGAGCAACAGAUAUAGGUAUCUGGUAUGGGAUUCUUGAAGGAAUUGGAGUUCUGGCUGUCAUCACUAAUGCCUUCGUUAUUGCCAUUACUUCCGAUUACAUUCCACGUUUUGUCUAUGCAUACAAAUACGGUCCCUGUACAGAUCAAGGAUACAGACAAGAAAAAUGCUUAAAAGGAUAUGUCAACAGCAGCUUAUCAGUAUUUGAUUUGAGUGAACUUGGAAUGGGAUACUCAGGAUACUGCCGGUAUAGAGAUUACAGAGCCCCACCAUGGAGUUCAACUCCAUAUGAAUUCACUUUGCAGUUCUGGCAUGUCCUGGCAGCACGGCUGGCCUUCAUUAUAGUUUUUGAGCACCUUGUUUUUGGGAUCAAGUCUUUCAUUGCUUACCUGAUUCCAGACAUGCCCAAAGACUUGUGCGACAGAAUGAGGAGAGAGAAAUACUUAGUCCAGGAAAUGAUGUAUGAGGCUGAACUAGAGCAUUUGCAGAGAGAAAGAAAAAAGAAUGGGAAACAAUAUCACCAUGAAUGGCCUUAGUCAAUACCAUGCUGCAACAAAAACGCUGUUUGGAAGUUGAAGAGUGCAGUUUCAAAAUGAAGUCAGUCUGUCAUCAGUGUAUGAGAUUGGCAAUGUAUAUAUGUUCCUGCUAAGCUGUACAGUUGCAGGCUUUGGUAGGAAGUGGAAAACAGUUGCUUCCAAAGAAGAAAAUGAAGAGCCUUAUCAGCAACCAGUCUGUGGGGAGCACCAAGUACUGGCACUCAAGAAUGUGCAGAUGGAUUGAAAAUUUGGAUACUGAUUUUUAAAAAGGCAAUGAACAUUCGUGCUGUUCAUGAAGGUACUAACAGCGUAAUAAAAACAAAAAAUUGCCUGUAAACUUAUACAGUAUGGGCAUGACAAUAACAAAUUACAUGAUAUCCACUACAGCUUCUGAUUGCUCAGCUGCAUCUGUAAUGCCUCUGAAGAAAAAAAAACAAGUGUUGCCUUUGUGGCCAUAACUUGAUAUAAAUGAGCUUUCAGGCUUACUGUUUUGUCAGGUUUGUCCUAGUCUCUUGUUGAGAUCGUGGAUGUGAUCCUACCCUAGAAAAGGGGUAUAUGGCUGCUUAAUAUAUACUAUGCAGUUUAAGAUUUGCACAUCAGUGUCAUUAAUUUAUCCUUCUAGUCAAAAACCAAAAAAUCUAAAUUCAAAGAGAAAGCAGCACUGAGAGAACACAUUGCAUUGCCCACACUGCAGCUGUAUUUGAAAAUGACAUGGCUGUGAGUUGUCUUUCCACUUUUAUGUGCAGAAAGGCCACCUCCACACACAUUCAGGAUGAAAGACCUGUCAUUUCCAUGCUCUGAUGUAGCAUGCAGAUGUCCAACUGUGUUACUGUUCUCUUUGGCCUGUCUGAGCAGUGAUUCCAUGACUUCACAGAAUGCUAACUUGAAAUAUUCUAAUACAGUGCAAAUGACUUUGUUCUGAAUAUACAAUUAACUAUUUAUAGUAUGCAAGCUUAUGCAGAUAUAUAUCAGACAUACAGUAUAACAUUUUGACUUGCUUGUUCAGGGAAGGAGAAGCAGAGCACCUUAUAACAAUGCUCUUCUUAUUGUAAUAGUAAAUGUUCCAGUAAUGUGCACUUCUUUUAUUGGGCUAAAUAAGUCAAAGCAUGGGAAUUAGAUGCAGGCAGAUAUGUAUACAGAUUGUAUAUAAAAGCACACACACACAGUGAUUACUUUUAGAUUUUCUAUUAUUAUUUGUAUGCAUUCUUAUAGUUUUGGGAGCCUUUUUGGAUAAAAUCACUCUAAAAAGUAGAUGUUCAUAUAUAAAGAAUCAAAUUUCAUUUUUUAUGUGCAUACAGUAUGGGGUAGUGUAGUUUAUGGUCAUAGUCACGUUUUGGUGAUGAAACUGUCUAUUAACAUUUCAUAAUUUGGGAAUAGAUAAGCACUUAGUUUAAAAAAAUCAAAAAAAGCGGGCAGUGUUCACUUGCAGAGAAGGGAGUGGGGAAACCAAGUUACAGUCAUUCUGUUUAUCUUCUACAAUUUUAAUAAUCAUUCUUUAUACUGGAUGAGAAAAAAAAAAAAAAAAAGAGCCAGCAAAAGCACAUCAACUAUAAAGGCUGCAAGUUUUAACAUUAUUUUAGGGAUAAAGCUGCAAUGAAAUCACUGCUGACAGAUAUGAGAAGAAAUGAAAUUUUACUUGUUAAAAUAGCAUGUUGAGCCAAAAAGUGAUUCCAAUAUUCAUUUGCAUAUAUUAGAACAAUUACUUCUUUUUUUUUGUAUAAUGCCAUAUAAAAUUAAUUUUAAGAUCAAAGAGUCCAUCAAAGUAGAUGAGUAAUAUCUGCCAGUGGACCAUACCUUAAGUUCUUUACUCAUUUCACCAUAUUUAUGAAAUUCUGUGGUUAAUUCCAGCUCUCUGUGACCAGACAAGGCAACUAUAGGAGUAUCUGCACUAUUACACAAAGGAGGAAGGAGAUUGGAAGGUAUGAUCUAAUCAGAUAUAUUAGCCAUUAGAUCUAUGAUAAUGGGCUGAUGGAACUCAGCUUUCCAUAUUUUGGAAGGGCUGGGUUUUUUCUUCAUAUUUUGGGUUGCACACUAAGUUCCUCAGGAGUCCUUAUCAGAAAUAUCAGCCCUCUCCUCAGCGCUCAUAGAUUCUUACUAUUUAAAUUAAUUUAUUCUCUCACUGUUUAAUACUGUGGAAUAUCAAGCACCACUUGAAAGCAUAAACCAGGUGUCAUAGGUCCCAUUUUUGUGCCAGGUAGUGAUAAUACUUCAGUUCUUCAGAAGGUCACAGAUGAGCUCUCUUUUUAAUGUUUUCUCUAAAAACAAAAUGCCUUGGCUGGCCCAAGGUAUAAAGAUUUAGAAUAAAAUCUGGCAAAAAUCAGAAAUAUUGAUUAUUUUAUACUUUCUUGUUUCUGAUGUUGAUAUUGCCACACGUGAAAAUAUACUUAGGCAAAUUCCAACUGAAUUUCCAACUGCAUAUGAAAGAAAGACGUUUUGUAUUUGAGUAUGAAUUUGGAUUUAAAUAUAUAUAUAUUCUUAAUGAUUUUCAGCACUGGUGUACAGAAAUAUAUCAAAGGCAAGUAUGUAGAUCUGACAUAGUGCAGAUUAUGCACUGGAAAAGCACAAGAAGUUUUGGAGAAACACUGUGUGUGUUCCUUUGUUUCUGAAGGACAUGAACAAUGUCUGAAGGUUUUGCCACUACUAGCCAUUUGCUUAAGCUGAGAACUUUUUGCUAGACUUCAUUUAGUAUGCUGUUUGCAUAGACUGCACGUUAUUUUACUAAAGUAUAAGGCACACACUGUCCUCAGGAAUAAUGUAUUUUAUGAAUGGUGAAUGAUCUUUUCAUAUUCUAAGUAUUGUCUUUCCAAAAAAAUGACCAGUAUGAAUAGACUGUGCAUGCAAGCUGCAUUUGUGAAAUCUGACAAAGCUUUAGAACUUCAAUUUGUGCAAAAAUGCUUUAGAUCAUUGCUGAUCUAAUCUAUGACAACUUUGCUCUAUGCAUGCACCCUUACAGAGACUGCAUGAGCAACUAGAUAUUUUUAAAUACAAAGAAUUAGUCCAAAAUGUCUUAAUAAUUCCUAACCCAAAACAGUGUUUUGAUUCAGACAAAAUAAAUUUUCAUUUCAGAAAUGGCAAAAAAUCCACAUACAUUAUACAUGUUUCUAUUUACUUCUCAUUCUAAAUUUGUGCCCAAUGUGUGGGAUCUGAAUUUUGGUUAAUAAAAAGGAAAAGAAAAAAUGCGUGGAAUUUGAAUGCACACAAAGGUUCUGUUUCACUGGCCUCCCUAAUGAGAAGUUCCUUCUUAGGGCUCAGCGUCCCUCUCCAUAGAGAGGGAUGCACUCACUGCUCAGUAUUUACAGCUGAGUGCCAGCAAGGUUGCCUGCAGUUUGAGCAAAGGCUCUCUGUUUGUUAUGCUGUCAUCUAAUUUCCUUACCAAAAAGAUAAUGCAGUGAUUGGGCAUCCUGACAGAGCACUAAUAUUCGGAAACAAAGCAGACCACACAAUGGCUUUUUUUUUAAUCUUUUCUUUCCAGUCCACUUUAUAUUUAAGGAUUUGUAGAGGAAAUGUAGCUGAACUUUUAAGUUUAUAUUAAUGAUGACAAGGCUAAAAUUUCCAGAGUGUGAUGAUGGACAAUAAGUGGUUUGUGGGUUUGAUUAUUUUGGUUUUUUUAGAAGUACAUAUCUUCAGACCUACAAAACAGACACAUCAGCUAUGCCCUUUUCUGACAGCAAGUAGUCUUGAAUUAUGUUCUGAGGAUCUCAUUUAAGCUCCAUAGUGAUCUAAAGAAAACUCAAAAGAAAAAUGUCUGUUGGGUCUAGUUGGAAGUAGGUUAAUAGGUACUUACCUUAAUGCAUCAAUUCAUUAAUUUCCUGAGGUUUUCUUCAUUAAAAGUUCUACAGGAGGAAAAACAUCUUGGGAAACACAGCUUUAGGGUGAGUGUUAAUAAGGGGAAAGGUAAAAAUUAGUGAUUUUUUUUUUUUUUUCUUACCUUAUUAAGAUGACCAGUCUAAUAUAAGUAGUACACGUCUGCAGUUUCCUUCACAGCUGUUUCUGCUUCAUACUCCAAAUGCAAGUGUUGCCAGAGAAACCUGAUAGAGCUAUGGAAUCUGGUGACACUACUUCUGAGGUCCCAUGUGACAUCAUGAGGCUUAUUAAUCUUUGAGUUUGUACAGGGGCAAAUUAGUACAUCCUUAUUUAGAAGCUAUUUAGAAGCAUCACACAAUUCUGAUUGACUGAAAAUGAUCCUUGUCCAUAAGAAGGAAAAAAAUCAAGCUGUUCUCACAUAGUUAACUUGAAUGCAUCACAAUUUUUUAUUGGAACUAUUACAAACUAGAUUUUUGUAUACACUGAGCAAUGGUUAAGUAAAUUAAACUUGCUUUGUACAAACAGCCAAAUGUGAAGGCAGUAAAGUUAAUGGAAAAUCAAUCAUAGUUUCUAUUAAGUGUUGCAUAUUGGAGAAGAGACCCAAAAAGAAAGAUCAGAUAAUUUUGGAAAAACAACAAUCCAUGUACCAAUGAUCACUUAAAAUUACAGUAGUACCUCCAGAAGCAUUUAAUUUUUUGUAAUCCUCAUGAACCACUGCUAACAUUGAUUACUGGGGGUUAAGACUGAACCCAAACCUAAAAGCAACCUUUCGUAAAUGUUUAUUCAGUGUUACAGCUGACACUAGAAUUCAGAGUUCGCCAGUUAGACCUCUGAGAAAGAUGAAGUUAUUUUGUUAGUUCUGAUGUCUAGUUGGACUAAAACAUAUGUCGUAACAUUUUCUCCAAGUGUUUGAGUGACUUGCAAACCUGAAUUCCUGUGGCAGAAAAUGUAGCAGUUUUAAAAGCUCUCUGUAUCUGUUGGUACUCAACCUCCUGCCAGCAAAGCCCACCUCCUGUUAGGGUGACAUGGAACCAACCAGCAUUUUGAGGCUGGGGAUGAUCAGAGGAAGCAAAGGUCUCAUGUUUGUCAGACCAUGUUCAUGAGGAAGCAACGGUCUCGUUACACAAAGUGCUGCCACAUCUGUCCCGUCUGCCACUUUUCAAAUCACUGCAUUUUUCAGUCCUUCUGUCCCUCCCUGCACACACAUGUACAUCCUGAAGACCCUACACAAUUCUGGCAUUUUUAAAUGUGAAUGAAUAGAUGUGUAUGGAAAGUUUUCUCUAAUUUUGACCUUGUAACCACAUUUAAUAGAAAUUUGUAUUGGCAUGAUUUUGGCAUAGUUGCGAUAGCACAAUGUUCCCACAGCACAAAUAUAUAACAGCACAACAAAGAACUCUAGAGAAAUCACUUUGCUGUUCCAUAUUAUGCAGGAACUUUUUUAAUGCGGGACUGGGAUUUUGUUUUAUAUGGUUAAUGGUAUAUUCCCUCCUCGCUGCACUGGAAAUUAUCUUUUGUCAGUUCUGUUGGCUUGUUCUAACUUCUUGCCAUAACCUCUGUAAUGUUAAAUGUUCCCUGUAGUUUGCACUCUUAUUGACAUGAAAUAGUUGUUCGGAUGCUACUAGAUAAGAAAUUAGGAUUAAACCCAACGCAGUCCAAAGCUAAUGAGAUUUUAAGUAGUGAGAACAUGAUGGUUUUUCUUUUAAUAAUGAAAAAAAACAGAUCACCUUUUUAUUUUAUGUUCUAUUUAGAUGAUUGAGAAUUUUGUACUGAAAAAUUGAUGAAACUGUUGACUCUAAUUUUUACCUAGAGUAGUAUCACUGAAAUUUCAGUUGUUUGAAAUAAUCUCAUGUAAAAUCUAGCUACGUAACAUAGUUCAGUCAUUUAUACUCUGAUAGUCCUGGCUAACUUGCAAUAUCAUGAUCAUAAAAGAUUUCUUAAAAUGUGUAUAUAUUUGAAAUUUAUGUAAUAUUUAAAUACAACUUGGUUUCUAAGUAAGAAAUUAGAAUAUAACUUCAACUAUUUUUUCUAUUCAUAAAUCCAAACUUUGUAAGUAGCAUUUAGAAUAAGAUUACCACCAAGUGUCUCAGAGAAAGUGACUUUUAUGCACUACAAGCUAGAAGUUCCUCCGUCCUCUUUCAUUUUCUUUUGUGUUUAAGAUUACUUUUACAAGCCGGUAUGUACCCCAGAACUAAAAGAAUUCACUAAGGAAAAAGCUGUUGUUCUGAUUAACUAUUGUAAGACACUUUUGGCAUAAAUUUGUCUUUGAGAUGCUGUUUACUUUAUCAAGGUUUACAUGUACAAAUGCAACUACUUACUGUAUCAUACACAUUUGAAUAUUGCAUUUUUCAGUAAUAAACUUGGAUAUCUUUCAAGGA